AUGUCAGUGCGAAUCGAUAACGAACCGAAUAUGGCAACUGGUUCUGGUAGAUCUUCUUCCGAGGAGACUGCCGUACCUGCUCCACCUAAACCAGCUCAUCGUCAUUCCAAAUUCAGUUUCCAUCAUCAGCCACAUGAGAAAGUCGAUGACGGUUAUGCACAACGAUCGCAGGAUCCCAAUGGGUAUAUCCCACCUAAGGGAAAUGGAGCGGCUGUAGCUCAUGUGGAGGGAUACAAGCGUCAGGAGUUGCAUCGAAGAAAUACCAAAGAGGGUAGAAUCGUCUUACAAGAGGAAGAUGCGCCCGAAGCAUUAGGCUACGCAUGGUCAACAAGAAAGAAAUGGUUGACACUUUCGGUCAUUUUCAUCGUUCAAUGUUCGAUGAAUUUCAAUGCCUCGAUUUACGCCAACGGUGUGGAUUUCCUUCAGGAGAAAUUCGGCGUCUCAGCACAAGGAGCAAGAGUGGGUCAAUGUUUGUUCUUGAUCUGUUAUGCCUUUGGAUGUGAGCUCUGGGCUCCGUGGUCUGAGGAACUGGGAAGAUGGUGGAUCUUACAAUCGAGUUUGUUCUUGGUAAACAUUUGGCAAAUUCUUGCAGCACUUGCACCAAACUUUGGUACCGUCAUCGCUGCUAGAGUACUUGGUGGUUUCUCAUCUGCUGGUGGUUCAGUAACAUUAGGAAUGGUCGCCGAUCUAUACGAUCCAAACGAACAACAAUGGGCCGUUGCAUUUAUCGUUUUCUCGUCGGUCGGUGGAUCAGUCAUUGGUCCAAUUGUCGGUCCCUUCGUCCAAGCAAACUUGAAUUGGGAAUGGAUCUGCUGGACUCAAUUGAUCUUUGGUGGAUUCGUUCAGAUCUUACAUUUCUUCCUUGUACCUGAGACUCGUUCGACCGUCCUGUUGGAUCGACACGCAAGGAAGCUUCGAGCUGAAGGUAGGACCAACGUAUUCGGUCCUAACGAAGUCAGAACAUUCAGAGAAAGGUUCACCGUGAAAGAAGUCUUGCACACUUGGAUUAGACCAUUCGAGAUGUUCGUCAGGGAGCCUAUCGUACUCUGCUGUUCACUCUUGUCCGGUUUCUCCGAUGCUUUGAUUUUCACUUUCUUGGAAGCCUUCGGUCCUGUAUUCAAACAAUGGGAUUUCACCACUGAACAGAUGGCUCUCACCUUUGUACCCAUCGCCAUCGGUUAUUUCAUUGCAUACGCGCUCUACAUUCCCCCUCUCAUGUCUCAGCGAAAGGCACUCAGAAAGGAUCCUCAAGGUACUCCUCCUGAGAUCCGAUUGAAACCUCUUUUAUGGCUUGCCCCACUCGAAUCGCUCGGUCUAUUCGGUUUCGCUUGGACCUCACUGGGCCCCCCUCACACACACUGGAUCGCACCUAUGAUCUUCUCCGCCAUGGUCGGUAUCGCCAACUUUGCAAUCUAUAUGUCCACCAUCGACUAUAUGAUCGCGGCUUAUGGUCCUUACUCAGCCUCAGCAACAGGUGGUAAUGGAUUCGCGCGAGAUUUCUUAGCUGGUAUCGCAGCGAUGUACUCCACACCGUUCUAUUCAAACGUUGGCGGCGAAUCUUAUCGACUGCAUUUGGAAUGGCCCUCUACGAUCUUGGCAAUCAUUGCUGGAUUCGUGACUAUUCCGAUCUUCAUCUUUUACUACAAAGGAGCCUACUUCCGAGAAAGAUCUAAAUUCGCUAUGACUUUGGCAGGUGAGAGACAAGAGAGGAACGUGCAUAGAUUGGAGAAGAGUGAUAACAUGCCCGGAGGUGGAACUACCGUAUAG